CUACCACACUCUCUUUGCCCCUCUGCAGCGACCCGUCCCACACGCGAGCACGAUUCCCCGCCGUUGCAACUGGGUUCCUGGCCAGCUUGCAGUGGGUACAUCUGGUCAAUUGGGGGAUGAGAAAUGUACACACAGAUGCCGCCCGACCUUUGUGUAACACAAAGCAAACCAUCGCUCGUGCAACGUCGGCCUACGGCGUUGUAGCUUGUCAAGAUGAAUGGACAGUGAUGCUUGUUACACAUGCGGACUGCUGUCUCCAUUAAUCGUUACAUCUGCUACACCACAAGCAGAUUUACCUGCCUUAGCUCUCCUCGGUUUCUUCGGGAGAACCGGUUAACGUUCACCAGUCCUCUUCACCGACCGGCGGGCUCGCUGGGCAGAGGAGCAUGUGAGGGUCCUUCUUUUCCCUCUUUCGGCGAUCGAUUCCGAGCGCACACCUACCGAACACAGGCGCCAUCCGAGCAAUUGUCAUUCGCCGCGUGUCCAGCCCUCUGUAUUGCAACACCAUCUCUCGACAGCGCAUCCAAGCCUUGGGGUCAGUCGCGACCCAACGAGCACCUUCUGGUGUUAGGCACAUCUCGCAAGCUACUGAAAGCUGGCGUUAGACUGUCGAGCUACAACGUUAUGGAUAAGCCAUCACGAUCAAGGCUGACGAUCAUUGUUGAACACAUUCCUCGAGGAUCGUACGUCUGGGACCUUAGCGCGCAUUCCAUUCUCGGGCGAAGCCGAGUGCCCUUACCACAGGGUCCUUUGCCCGCGAGCACCCCCUCGAAAACCUGGUUGUUGGGCUCUUCUGCCAGCACGUUACACGGACGCUUAGCCAGCAUUCACCCAAGCAAGGGCACAGGCCCAAUUACCAGGUCUCGAGCUGCCUCCUCGGAACCUUCUGUGUGGGGAAAAUCGUUCCUGAAGCGCCCACACGGGUGACUUGCAUGAGCUAUCCACGAUUCUGGACGCACGGGUUUACCAUGCAACUUACAAGGGCAGGGCCGGUAGGAAGCAAGCCGCCGGUGUGGGCGCCCUUCCCCGAGACCGUACCUUGGCGUGACGUCCCUUUGACACGGGAGCAUCACUGGAUCUUGCUAGCCUAGCCGGUCGCCACUGUUGUGUUCGGUCGUCACGCUCUUUGCGCCUGCUGCCCUCUUAGGAAUCAAUGGCCGGUGUGCAACGACAUCGGCCGGCAC